AUGGAUAUGUUGCAUCAGCAGCAGCAGCAGCAGUGCAACCAGAAACAGACAAAACCGAAGCCGUUUUUAAUUGUAUUCGAAGGAAUUAACACCGCAGAGAAAACCAAUGGAUCUGUCAUACUUGCUGAUGCGCUUGCCAAUAUGGGGUAUAAUGUUUCCUUACACAAUGACCUUUCCAUGUCGAACUGCCUCACCCAGCCAGCAUUGCCUGACUUAUUCCGAGCCUCUGUUCUUGCCUUAUCUAACCGUGACCUUGUUCACACCCGCGCUACCUAUCUUAUCCUUUCCGCGAGACGCCAGAUACUCAUUAAUGACAUUCGCAGUAAUUUAGCCGACGGAAAUAUUGUUAUUGUGGACCGCUAUAUCCUAUCCGAUUUGGCCUACGGCAGUGCCCGUGGACAUGAUAUGGACUGGAUGAAGAGCAUUGAAACCAGCGAAGGGGAAGCCACUUCAGCGUCCUUUAUUAUUCCGGAUUUAACCUUUUUAUGGAUGUGA